AUGGCGUCUAUAUUCGGAGGAGGGGCAGUAGAUCCCGAGACCCUCUACACCAAGCAAGCCUGCAUUGGAGGUGGCAGCUUCGGAAAGGUCUACAAAGGUGUCGAGAAACGUACCGGUCAAGCCGUCGCCAUCAAGGUCAUCGAUGUAGAAAAUGCAGAAGAUGAGGUAGACGACAUCAUUCAGGAGAUCUCCAUCCUCUCUGGCCUCAACUCUCCCUACACGACAAAAUACUAUGGAUCAUACCUCAAGGGCUCGGAUCUGUGGAUUAUCAUGGAAUACUGCUCUGGUGGCAGCUGUGGUAAUCUCAUGAGGCCUGGCAGUAUCCCCGAAGAUUACAUUACCAUCAUUAUCCGUGAACUGCUCAUGGGUCUGGAAUACCUGCACAAUGACAACAAGCUUCACAGAGAUAUCAAAGCUGCAAACAUCUUGCUUGGUGCGAAUGGACAGGUGAAACUGGCCGACUUUGGUGUUUCUGGUCAACUAUCUGCCACUAUGACCAAGAAGAAUACCUUCGUAGGAACUCCAUUCUGGAUGGCCCCAGAGGUUAUCAAACAAUCGGGAUACGACCACAAGGCCGAUAUCUGGUCUCUUGGUAUUACUGCCCUGGAGCUGGCCUACGGAGAGCCCCCUUAUGCCGACAUUCAUCCCAUGAAAGUUCUUUUCCUCAUUCCCAAGAACCCCCCUCCACAACUCGAGGGCGAUUUCAGCCAGUCUUUCAAAGACUUUGUCAACCUUUGUUUGCGCAAGGAGCCCAAGGAACGUCCCAGUGCCAAAGAGCUCCUCAAACACCCCUGGAUCCGCAAGGCCAGAAGGACUACGUACCUGACCGAGCUGAUCGAGAGAUAUGAGAGAUGGCAGGCACGCCACGGUGAUCGCGAAGAAGAUGACGAUGAGGUCCGCGAGGUAUCGCCUCCACGAAGCUCCGAAGACGAAGAUCUCUGGGAUUUUGGUACGGUUCGACCCCUUUCACGAAGAGCGCCAGGACUGAAGGUCAUGAAUGAGGCCGCCAUGAACACUCGUAACCAGACAUCUGUCCCUGAGCCUCAAUCUCCCACCAAGCAGUCCGCGUCUCGGUCUGGUGAAGAGAAUUCGAGUCGCCGCACUGUCCGCGCAGCACCCAGCAUGCCACCACCCCCUUUGCCCAGGGAUCUAUCUCCCUCAAAGCGUCCGAACUCAUCAUCGAGUGCCGUGCCUCCUUCACCCAGUGUUGCUGCCAGAGUUCCCUUGCCUGCCUCGCCUAUCAAGAAAGUAAUGUCACAAUCACCAUCCGACACUCCACGCACCCCACAAUCGACAAGUUCGAGAUACACGAACACCCAGGCACAAUUAAGGUCACCACCACAACAGAUCAAUGAUGACUUCAUCCAGCAGUCUAUCGCUUCAGACAUGUCUUCUUACAUAAAAGGUCUUUCUAUGAACGAAAGAGUGAACGAGCCAAGUAGACCUUCGACGCCAUCUACACAGAAGCAGACCAGCGCAUCAAACCACAACUUGUCCAGAUCUCCAGAGAAGACAGCCUCUGUUCCGUUCCCGCUCGAAAGAACCAGACCCUCUUCCUCAUCUUCGGCUUCAGUCACCGGACCUUCGCCCCCAGCUCAGCCUCAGAACGAUGAGAUAACCGCUCUGUCAGGUGUUGUAAUUCCUGCUCUUGAAGCUGCUCUCCACCGUCGCGCGUAUCAAUUGUCACAGCUGCAAAAGUCAGCAAACACGCAGUCGAAAGUCGCGCCUUCUCCACAAGACAUCAUGCUCAAGAGGCAGGCCCACGAGCAGAUCCGCAGACUGGUGUCUAAGGUGGGCCGUCUGAUGAAGGAUAUUGAUCACUGGGACAGCGUUGCACCUGUGGGCAUGGGAGACGGCGUUGAAGGUUUCCUUGAGGGUGUGUUGGAGGAGGUUUUGUGUCGCGUGGAGGCUGAGGAUGCUUGA